AUGGGUGUCGUAAAGGGAGGUGUCUGGACCAACAUCGAGGAUGAAAUCCUCAAGGCCUCGGUCUCCAAAUAUGGUCUGAACCAGUGGGCGCGUGUGUCGUCACUGCUGGCGCGCAAGACUCCCAAGCAGUGCAAGGCAAGAUGGAACGAGUGGCUGGACCCGAGCAUCAAAAAGAUUGAAUGGAGCAAGGAGGAGGAUGAGAAGCUGCUGCAUCUGGCCAAGUUGAUGCCCACACAAUGGCGCACCAUUGCCCCCAUCGUCGGUCGAACUGCGAACCAGUGCCUCGAACGAUACCAGAAGCUCCUUGACGAAGCCGAAGCCCGCGAGGCCAGUCAGUUCGGACUGACAGGUCCCGAAGGCGGCGAAACACAAGCUCCUAGCGCCGACGAUGUCAGAAGAUUACGCCCCGGCGAGGUCGACCCCGAUCCCGAGAGCAAGCCUGCACGACCCGACACGAUCGACCUUGACGAAGACGAAAAGGAGAUGCUGAGCGAAGCUCGAGCACGUCUGGCAAACACACAGGGAAAGAAGGCGAAGCGCAAAGCCAGAGAGCGCCAGCAGGAGGAGUCGCGCCGUCUUGCUGCGCUGCAGAAGCGGCGUGAGCUCAAGACGGCCGGCAUCAAUAUCAAGGUUGUCACUCGCAAGAAGGGUCAGAUGGAUUACAACGCCGACAUUCCUUUCGAGAAGAAGGCCGCGCCCGGUUUCUACGACACAGCCGAAGAACAAGUCCGCAACGAACAUCAGCGGGAGGCGUUUGACCCAAGAAAACAACAACUUGCAAGCAAGCGCAAGGGCGACGGCGACGACGACGGUGACAGCAAAAGGAGGAAGAAGGAGAAGGACGCACCAUCAGCUUCGUUCCAGGCUGCUAUGAAGGCUGGCCAGAUGCAAAAGAUCCGUGAAGCGGAGCAGAGCAGCAAGAGGAGGGCGUUGAACCUGCCGGCUCCUCAAGUGAGCGAAGGCGAGCUAGAGGAGAUUGUCAAAAUGGGAAUGGUGGGUGAGAGGGCCAACCUCAUGGCACGCGAGAGCGACAACGAUGCGACCCGAGGUCUUGUCAGCGAGUAUUCGACUCUGCAGAGCAAUGCCCCGAUCCGAACCCCUCGAGCUCCGGCACAGGAAGACCACAUUGCCAACGAGAUCAGGAAUAUCAGGGCCCUGACAAACACACAGUCCUCGUUGCUUGGCGGCGAGAAUACUCCUUUGCAUGAGGGUGCUGAAUCAACAGGCUUCGAUGGUAUUGCACCUCGCAAACAGACUGUUGCGACUCCUAACCCUAUGGCGACGCCGAUGCACGCCAAUGGUGUGGCUCAAACUCCUGGCCGCGUUGGUCAGACCCCCAUGAGGACACCUCGGGACAGUUUCGCCCUCAAUGCUAACGACGGUACAAUGGUGGCUGCUACACCUCGAGACGUCAAGAUGAGAGACAUGGCUCUACGUAGUCAACUGCGUCAAGGCUUGGCGUCUCUGCCCAAGCCCAAGGACACUGACUGGGAACUCGAGCUUCCUGAUGAGCAAAAGGAGCUUGAAGCAACCGAUGAGAUGUUGGCGGAGGAUGCGGCAGAGCGGGACCGCAGACAACGGGAGUAUGAGGCAGCACAGCAGGCUUUGGAGAUGCAAAGGCGGACACAAGUUAUGCAGAAACAGCUUCCUCGGCCAACCAAGGUGGACGUAUCUGCCCUACUGUCUGUAGCCAGCAAGGUUAAGAACGAAGCCGAAGCGCUUAUUGCUAAGGAGGCCGCUGCUCUGAUUGCCAACGACGCGGUCAAAUACCCGCUGCCCAACGUCACCCUCAGCGGCGUCCCUCCCCGAUUGGAUACGAUCAGCGACGACGCACUCGCCGAGGCGCGCCUGCAAAUCCUCAGCGAGACGAAGCCUAGGCCCCCUCGCCCUGAAAUCGACCGCGCCUUUGAGUCGCGGGGCAAGAACUCUCUUCUGCUUGGUUUGGGAUGCUACGGAGACGACGAAGAGGAAGAGGAGGCAGCUAUGAAAGAUGCCUUUGAUUCCAUUCAAGAUUCCAUCGUAGACACCGCCGAGAAGGGCAUCAAGCUCGAGAAGAAGCUGAACCUGCACUUGGGCGGAUACCAAAAGAGACAGAAAAUGCUGAAAGACAAGAUUGUCGCGGCCGCCGAAGCGCUGGAGAAGGCGAACCACGCCCUCAGCGGCUUCAAGACGCUCGCCAUCUCGGAAGAGGUUGCCAUCCAGAGACGGUUGGGCGCCCUGAGGGACGAAGUCAACUUUGUGAGCAGGAGAGAGCGCGAGGCGCAGGAGCUGUACCGCCAGACGAAGGAAGAGCUCGACGCGCUGCGGACGAACGGGGUGAAUGGCCACUAUUAG